CCUCCCCCACUAACUCUUUUUUUUUUUUUUUUUUCGGUGUAGAUCACGCCGCCUCUGAGGAGAGAAAUUUGCAGCCGCAACCGUCAGAGCUCAAGAAGGUCGGCACGGACUCGGAUGCCUUCAAUUCCCUCAAGCGGAACAAACCACGUUUUGCCAACCUCCUAUCGCGUUCGCGGUCGAUCAGGGUGAACGAUUCGUCCGUGGGCAGGUCGGCGAAUAGGCGUCCGUCCACCAGUCUUAUGAGACUUGAGGAGAUUAGUAAAGGAGAACGGGAAGAGUGCGUGGAGUCAACGUGUCGUCAGGAUCGUGGUGUUAAGAGCAACGGGAACGGUACAGCUCGCUGCUAUACUACGGACCGCGCUACAGAAUUCACCAGUACCUCAACCCGGAAGGAAAGGUCGCACGCCGGAUCAAUGGUCCCUUCAGGUUCGCUGAGCCAGGUCUCUGGCGCCUCAGCGGCUCUCUUCAAUAACCUCAAACAAUCCUCGAGUGGUGCGGCAGAUCGAUUAGGAAAGGCUGGAAAGGGCUUUUUUGGAAAGAUCACGAGGAGCGGUAGUACCAACGAGCGCGAGUUUAUGACUGAUGACAAUUAUGUUUGUUCCGUAAUAAACUUGCCUUUGGUCGAGCAAGCCCGUCGAACACGCAUUGCCAAGCACCUCCAAGAUUGUCGUGAUAAGACCGAGUUUUGGAUGCCUGCAUUGCCGUAUCGUUGCAUAGACUAUCUCAAUUUCAAGGGAUGCGAGGAAGAAGGCCUCUAUCGCGUUCCAGGUAGUGGCCGAGAAGUGAAGCACUGGCAGAGACGGUUUGAUACUGAACUUGACAUCAACCUUUUCGAUGAGCAGGAUCUCUAUGACAUCAAUACCAUCGGGUCCAUGUUUAAAGCCUGGCUCCGUGAAUUGCCCGACGAGCUCUUCCCCAAGCAGGUCCAGGCCAUGAUCGCGGAAAAGUGCGAGGGCGCUACAACCGCUCCGCAGAUGCUCAAAGAUGAACUCUCGAAAUUACCGCCGUACAAUUACUACCUUCUCUUCGCUAUCACCUGUCACCUCAAUCUUCUCCAUUCUUACGUCGAUCAAAACAAGAUGGAUUAUCGCAACCUCUGUAUUUGCUUCCAACCAUGCAUGAAAAUCGACGCCUUCUGCUUCAAUUUCCUUGUCUGUGAUUGGAAAAAUUGCUGGCAAGGUUGCUGGACCGAAAAGGAGUACCUUCGACGAGAAAAGGAAAUGGAUGAGAAGGAACGAGCAGCUCAGGUAAAAGAAGACUGUGCUAACGAAAGAGCUGUUUCUUCCGGGAGUAGCCAGCCUAGUACUGACGACCACUCGUCCCGCCCUGUGACGCCCAAACACAGCAAGAAAAAGCCCAAGAACAUCGAAACCUCGCACAGCAGGAGUAUUUCCCAGCUCCCUGAACUUGGACCUCCUCUCUCCCCUAUCCAAAUAUAAAAAAACCCUUGGAUCAUCUUCCCCUCAACUUCAAGUGUCAUGAACAAGCUCCUGGAAUCACUUUCCAUCGGGCGAGAAAUAUCAACCCUACA